CUCAGUCUAAACUUUUCUGACUCGUACAGACUCCGUCAGCUGAAGGAUCCGGGUCAUGGCUGCACCCCCUCCCGUCAUCAUAUGGGGGCACGAAGUCCUCCGCCUGCUGCACUACAGAGACCUGAUCCCCCGCCUGGAGGACGCCUUGGCCAAGUUCUCCAGACGGGACAGCGCAGAGGUGGUCCAGCCUGUGCGCACCACGGUGGCCCUGCAGAAACACCGCGGGUUCCUGGGGAUGAUGCCCUGCUACAUGGAGAAUGAUGGGGUUCUGUGCACAAAACUGGUGUGUUUCUACAACAGGGAGGAGGGGUCUACUCUGCCUCCUGUUCAGGCCACUGUGGUGCUGCUGGACCCAGAAUAUGGGAAUGUGAAGGCUGUCAUGGAAGGAGAGGUCAUCACAUGCAUGAGGACGGCUGCUGUCUCUGCGAUCUCUGCUAAGUUGCUGAUGCGUCCUGGAACGGAGGUCUUGGCCAUCCUAGGAUCUGGCCAACAAGCCCGGAGCCAUUACACCGUCUUCACAGAAAUAUUUUCAUUUAAAGAGGUGCGUGUGUGGAGUCGCACUCGAGAGGGAGCUGAGAGGUUUUGCCGUAGCGUUGCUGGUCCAGUGAUAGUAUGUGGGUCAGCAGAGGAGGCUGUGAGGGGAGCAGAUGCUAUCGUGACCGUCACUGGUAGUACAGAACCAGUUCUGUGUGGACACUGGGUCAAACCAGGAGCCCACGUGGCAGCAGUGGGGGCUUGCAGACCAGACUGGCGUGAACUGGAUGAUGCGUUAAUGAAGGAGGCGGUGGUGUACGCUGACAGCAGGGAGGGAGCGACAGCUGAGUCUGGGGACGUCAUCCUGUCUGGGGUGGAGGUGUUUGCAGAACUUGGAGACGUUCUCAAUGGAACAAAAGCAGCCCACAGAGAGAAGACGACUGUGUUCAAAUCCCUUGGUAUGGGUGUUGAAGAUGCAGUGUCUGCUAAACUGGUAUUCGACAAGUGGAAUGCAUAUACCACCAGUCAAUUAUGAAAUAUCUCAACAUGUGAAUCCCAAAUGAUUCUUACUGAUGUUUUUAAUUCAUAUACCUGUUAGGAAUUUCACUCCUGACAUGUAACUACAAGCCAUCCUGUUAAAAAAAGGAAUAUGUGAUAUAAGUAUUACUAGUUACUUAGUGGCAGAACUCUUGCUUAUAUUUGAUGUCUUUUGGAUUAAAAGAAGCCUCUCAAAGUCCCAACAAGUUAAAUUUAAAUUACUUAAAUAAACCUUUCAGUGUUGAGACAUUUUCUUAUUUCAGAAGGAAAAUACUCCAUUUCCAACCUCUGAUGGAAAGAUAUUUGUAUAUAACCCCUCUGUAAUCACCUUCAUUUUGAUUAAUAGCUGCAAUUCAACACUUUUUACCCCUCAGUAACUAGUUUGCUUCCCAACCCUGAAUAUAACUAGAGGGAAGAUGUUUCUCCACAGAAUUAUCUUAAGCAUUUAAUAUGCAAGAAGAUUUUAGGAGCUGAAACAAAUUUAAAUGGAGUGUCACUAUUUGAGCUUUGUGCAAUACUGAAGCCCUUUUUUUUAAUUAUCAUUUUGUGACAUUUAUGGAUAACUGAAUAAAGUUGUGAUUACUUGUGGUCCUGUAUACUAUUUCUCUAAACUGUUGUCAAAAAAAAAAAAAAAAAUAACAGAACAUUUUUAAAGACUUUAUUUACUUAAAAAGAAAAUUCUGCAUAUUACUAUGUGAAAAUAAAACCACAUAUAGCAAGAGUAAAUCCAAAUGUGAACUUCCACCACAGCGUUGAAACACUGCUAAAAUGAGUUUAGAUUUACAGUGGCUCCCCAGAGCACCCAUGCAUUUUUUUUUUUUUUUGAUCACUGCUCAUUUCAAAAUGAAUUUCCUGAAUCGGUACUGCAGGUCAUAUACAUCCAAGACAUAAAAACAGUCACAACCUUUGAGUGCUAAUACAAUGGCUCAUAGACUUCCUGCGACACAGUAAAUAAAAUGACGGGGACAAAAUGACAUUGGUUGCAAAUCGUCGUGGUAGCAACAUUGACUCUCACAGAUGGAGUGACAAGCCAAUAGAUCUGAAGAGCUAUUAUACCAGGGCUUCACGAGAAAAUUAACUGGCACACAACAACACGUGAGUAGAGAUGUCAGGCUGACAACACAGCAGGCACAUCUUACACCAAAGAAACCGCAAAAACCCAAUCAAAACGAGAGGCCUCUGCUGAUUGAACAUCUCUCCAACUGGCCAUGCUGCACCUUCACAAUGCUUGAAAUGUACUUAAAAUACUGUGUGAUUCUUCUAACAGAGCACAUAUAACAGUAAUGGGCACAGAUGUAGUGGUUCACUUUCAGGGAAAAAAAUACGUCAGUUAACUAUGUAGCAUAGACUGCAUUUUCUUAGCAGCUGCUUCAACAUUUUUUAUUAGUCGUUUUAGAGUUUGAUACAUUUUUUCCCUCCACAAAGGGUUAAACCGUUACUUCAUGACUGCAUGGUGAUUAAAACAGAAAUCACCCUAAAACACAUUUUAGUGUUUGGAGUGACCACAGAGCGGUGACCGUCGACUGACUUUUGGCAGCACAUCAGUCUAGUCAGAUGAGAAAUGUAAACAAAACGGUCCCUCAGCCACAGCAGACAAGAGACUGACAAUGAAAACAAAAGGAGAAAUUAGAUUUUCUAAAAAUGUUAGUAAAAUUUCUUCAAGGCAGCAGGAAUCUCUUAGUAUGUAGAGGAAAGAGUGUACUGCAGGACCUCCCUCUCUUGGAGUUAAUCCUUCUGUAAUUUCAUGGUAAAAAUCAUGUUCAAGUAGUGCUGCUUCACAAUUUUUGAGGAAA